UUUCCGAGGAGGCCUGGAUGUGACCCAUGGACAGACGGGGGUGGAAUCAGUGUACACGAUAUUCCGGGACAGGGAGAUCAUGUUUCACGUCUCCACAAAGCUGCCGUUUACCGAGGGAGACACCCAGCAGCUCCAGAGAAAGAGGCACAUUGGGAAUGACAUUGUGGCCAUCAUCUUCCAAGAAGAAAACACACCGUUUGUCCCAGAUAUGAUUGCCUCCAACUUCUUACAUGCCUACAUUGUUGUGCAGGCUGAGAACCCGGGCACGGAGACCCCAUCCUACAAGGUUGCAGUCACCGCACGGGAAGACGUGCCUGCCUUCGGCCCACCUCUGCCCAGCCCCCCUGUUUUCCAGAAGGGCCCGGAGUUCAGGGAGUUUCUCCUCACCAAGCUCACCAAUGCAGAGAAUGCUUGCUGCAAGUCAGACAAGUUUGCAAAGCUGGAGGACCGGACGAGGGCCGCCCUCCUGGACAACCUUCACGAUGAACUCCACGCCCACACUCAGGCCAUGCUGGGACUGGGCCCAGAAGAGGACAAGUUUGAGAAUGGGGGCCAUGGGGGAUUCCUGGAGUCUUUUAAGAGGGCCAUCCGUGUACGCAGCCACUCCAUGGAGACCAUGGUGAGCAGCCAGAAGAAGCAGCAUGGUGGGGGCAUCCCCGGCAGCCUCAGCGGGGGCAUCUCCCAUAACAGCAUGGAGGUCACCAAGACUACCUUCUCGCCUCCGGUGGCUGUGGCAACAGCGAAGAACCAGUCACGGAGCCCCAUCAAGCGGAGGUCGGGGCUCUUCCCCCGUCUGCACACGGGCUCUGAAGGCCAAGGGGACAGCCGGACACGAUGCGACAGUGCAUCCAGCAACCCGAAGACCCCAGAGGGCGGACACUCUUCUCAGGAGAUAAAGUCUGAGGCCUCAUCCAAUCCCAGCUCUCCGGAAAUCUGCCCCAGCAAGGAGAAGCCCUUCAUAAAGUUGAAGGAGAAUGGCCGAGCCAACAUCUCCCGCUCCUCCUCCAGCACAAGCAGCUUCAGCAGCACGGCAGGGGAGGGCGAGGCCAUGGAGGAGUGUGACAGUGGG